CUCACGCACGCGUACACGCACCACGCAGUGUGGAGGCUGCCUCUUGUUUAUAUCCUCUCGCCGGAGGACCGCGUCAGCAUCUCGCACCCUCGCGUCCGUCGUUGCGCGCUCCACGAGUUCACGUCGUCGUCAUCGGCGAUCAUCCGCGAGCGACUCGCGCGGGCGCGAUCCCCCGGUUCGUCUUCGCGAUCCGAUUCCCGACUCGACUCGACACGGAGGAGCCUCGUGCCCAGCAAAGCGGAAAUAAUGCGCGGAAGUCGUGGGACGGUCCUCGUCCUGUGCACGAUGAUGAAUUGCCUGAGACCGGCUUCACCCUCGCCCGCUACGACGAACGUGAAGCUCGGCGACGUGUGUAAGCGGGAUCGAGACUGCGAGGUCGGCAUCGCUAAUAGCCACUGCCACUUGGGUUAUUGCCGGUGUCAGCCGUUCUUCGCCGGCUACAAUGGAACGCAUUGUCUGGAGUCGACUCUGCUGGGCUACGAUUGCCUCGUGAGAGAACAGUGCUCGCUGAAAGUGGCGAACAGUAGCUGCCUCGACGGCGUGUGCAGGUGCGAAGAGGGACACUUGCAAUUCCGCAGGCACACUUGUCUCGGACCCGCGAAACUCGGCCAGGUAUGUUACGAGCACGCUCACUGUCGCCUUUGGGACCCGGAAUCGCAUUGCGAUUUCCUCAUUCCGGAUUUGUUCGGUCGCUGCCAAUGCACCGCGCCAAUGCGCCGCGAUGGCGACGUAUGCCAGCCUGACAUUCUGGUGAGGCCAGCGCCGCUUCCGGAGCAUCUGCCAUCGUUCCAGGUGCCGAUCGAGGAUGUCACCGAGUACGAGCACGACAAGGAGACCGUAGGCGAAGGACAAAAGACCGAGGCUGAGCAAGACACGGGUGUCCAAUUGUCCUGGCUGAAGAAUGCAACGAUGCUGCUAUCGACGGAAGCGCCCAGUCAGCUGAUACCAGUAAACCUGGUGACCAGACCGUCGUUGAACCUGAGACCCGGAUCCAACGAUCGUCCCGGACCAAACGAGCUGCCCGACGACGACGAUGCCAUCGUCAUCGAGGCGGAGAUCACCGAGCCUGCUUACGUGACAUCCACUUCGACGUCCGCUCCGAUCAAGACGGAUCGGCACGAGAGCACGAUCAUGACGGCAGUCAGCCUCGGCUUGGCCUGCAUCGCCGACCUGGAGUGCCGAAUGGCGGACCCGCUGUCACGCUGCAUCGGCGGCGUCUGCGACUGCAGCCUGCCGACCAACGAAAGUUGCAGCGCGCGCAGGACCGGCUGCGCGCCCGGCACGUUCCAGUGCCGAUCGUCCGGGAGCUGCAUCAGCUGGUUCUUCGUCUGCGACGGGCGUGCCGACUGCGCCGACGGUUCCGACGAGGAGUGCACCGGCGCGAUUUGCCCGGCGCAGGCCUUCAGCUGCAACGACAGCAACAUCUGCAUCUCGAGGGCAGGGGUCUGCGACGGCAAUCGCGAUUGUCCACGCGGCGAGGACGAAAUCGGCUGCAACAACCGACGAAAAUGUCCCGAGGGUGCGUUCAGAUGCAACAACGGCCAGUGCCUGCCGGCUUACGAGUUCUGCAACGCGGUGGUGUCCUGCAGAGAUGGCAGCGACGAGCCCAGGGGAGCGUGCAGGACGCGCAAUCGCGGCAGGAUCACCCCGAGAUUCUGUCCGUUCAGGUGCGACAACGGCAGGUGUCGUUCCGACGCGAUAACCUGCAGCGGCCGAGACGGGUGUGGCGACGGCUCCGACGAGAAACACUGCAGCGUCUGCAGAUGCAGCGGAACGGUCUAAUCUCGGCUGGCUGACCUCUGUCGUGUCGUGUCGCACCGUCGGACAAAAGGAUGGAAGGAGAGGGCGCGCGCGAGAGGGAGAGAGUGUAUGUAUGUAUGUAUGUAUGUAUGUAUAUGUGUGUGGAAGGAAGGAAGAGGUCAGACCAAACCGACUCGUCGAUGGUUUCGCCAAGUAAGUGCUCGAGCAUUGUGGCGGGCACAAAAGUAAGUGUGACCAAAGAUCGUUAAGCCGUAUCGGCGACUCUGGCUUUCAACGCUCCGCGAUCUCGAGACCAAGAGGACCGUUUUUACUCGGCCGGGCUCGAGUCCAGCUUUCAGGACAUACUUGCAGCAUAAGAGAGAGAGAGAGAGAGAGAGAGAGAGAGAGAGAGAGAGAGAGAGAGAGAGAGAGAGAGAGAGAGAGAGAGAGAGAGACGGAGGGAAACCCUCCGUCUCGCCUCCUGCGUUCAGUCCUCGUUAAGUCGAACCGAGCCAGUGACCGCCGUAGCGAGUCUCGGGAGUGCUCUCGGGAGAAAUGAUUGCGCUCGUGUAAUAAUGGGACUUAAUCGCGUAUAAUGAUACCGUAAGACGGGGUUAGUUUGCACAGACGGUCGGGUAACUCCGCGCGAGUGGCGAAGAGUGUAGCCGGGGCUAAUCUCCUCUCGGGAGCGUCUGUGUCCGAAGCGCGAAAUGUUAUUCGUUCCUCAUAUCGGGGUUCCCUUCUUUGUCUUUCACGGGCAAACGCGAUUAAUGCUGCGUAAACCAGGCUGAAGCGAGAGAUAAGACUCGUUGUCGGUGGUAUCGAUUCUCUCGAGGUCUUAACGAGGACAUGGACUUUUAGCGAGUUUCGGGCCGUAAACUCGGUGAUGCCAGGCAAUUUUCCCCCCUCCCCAAAAAAACCGACGAAAACUCCAAGUUCCGGAUAUACGUUUUCACGCACCCUGCACUUAGCGCGGAGGACGUAGCAUCGCGACCCCUCCCGAAAGCUUUUCGAAUAGCGUAACGUCCAUUAACACGACCGACACCUUUGCAAUUCUAACUGAGAGCCGCCUAACAUCGAUAACAAUCGGAAGAUUUCCACGUAUAAUUUCUAAAAUUCAAGUUUUUUUUUUAAACAAGAUUAAAAAUUUGACGUUCCUUUAGCAAGCGUGGCUUGUGCUUCUUGUGCGAUAAUAAGGUAAACAUAUCGAAUCACACCACGUUAAUUCAUUGAGUCACGCAAUUAAGUGAGUAGUCGAUGAUUCUCACAAAAAUCAUAAUUUCAUUCGUUUUUAGGGUCGCUGAGUUCGAAUCUGCCAUCAGAAUUUCGAAAAAAUACGAACCAAGAUGGAGGAUGCAAUAUGGCAUUUGAAAGGAUAUUUAGUUGACGAAUCCGUACAAAAAUUAUUAUUCUUCGCAUUUUUGGGGUUACUGAGUUCGAAUCUGUUAUUCGAAUUUGGAAAAAAUGGAAUCCAACAUGUCCGACACAAUUGUGUGCGAAAUAAGCAUAUAUUUCCAAAAAAUAUGAUGCUUACUAUAUACGGAUGAUUGUUACUUAAGAACAAAUAGAAAUACUUAUUUCAUUGAGAAGAUUGAAUUCCUAGGUCAAUUCUAAUAACAAAUUCGUGUUUAGCACAUCCAAAUUUAUAUAGAAACAUGUGUCACUUUCUUUGCAAAGAAAAAUCAUCAUUUGUCGGAAUAAUAAUAAAUAAAUUAUUUAUAGCAAAAUAUUCGACAAAUUUUCAAACUAUCUGCACAUAUGUAACGAAUUCAAGACUAUGAAUGUAAAGAGAAAAA